AUGGAAUCCGCUGGCGCUGCCCCUAUACUCAAUUCUGUUGAUAAUGCUUCUUUGAAUGAUGAUGCGAAUCAAGUUGGGCCUUCUGCGAUAAAUUUAAUGGAUCAACAGGUUGCGAAUCCGUCUGAUCCAGUAAUUAAUCCAAUCGAUCCGUUAAUGAAUAUUCCUGCUCCAUUAAUCAAUUCAGUUGAAUCUCCAGCGUCCCGUAUCAUUCGUGUACGUCGAAAACGAAGUGCUAAUCCUCAUAGUGGUCUUUUGGUAUCAGAUUCAUUUGACGAUUCAGCUGGACCUUCGAAACGAGCUAAAUCUGAUUUUGAUUUGGAUCAAGCAACUGCCUUCAAAUUAAUUGGAACUUUACCAUUGCCAGAUGUACGAGAUGCUGCUAGAAUUUUCUUGAAUUCAAAUACUCCAAAGGUAAAUAUUUAUUUUGAUUUUUAGGGGUACCGAUAUUAUACUUGACGAAUUGUGAUGUUGAAGAAAAAUUUGUGUUAUUACUGGGGAAAAUGGUUAUAUUAGAAGCUUGACAAUGUGAUAAUGAAUGUUUUGACAAAAUUUGGAGUUGUUUUGACAACUAUUUUUUGGGUAGCAACAAAAAGCAAUAUUGUACUAGCUUUUCUCCGAAUUUUUUUUAUACUACACUCAAAAACUCUUGUUUUACUUGAUAAAACUUUGGAACAAUAUAAUUAAAAAGUUUUUAGAAGUUAGAAUGCAUUGACUUUGAUGCAACAACGGAUGUCCCAGUUCAAUCAGCACCAGUUGUACCUGUUGAAGUUGACGAUGUGAAUCAGAUGUUGGAUGAAAGUGUGAGGAAGGUCAACAAAUUAAACUUGAAGCCAGACGAUCCAUUUCUUGCUGUUCCUGAUGAUGUAAGUUGAGUUUUUUGGUUUUGUUGCUUAAAAUUGAAAAAUUUAAAAUUUGGAAAUAGUUUAAAUUUAGAUAAAUUUUUUAAAUUUAAAAUUCUAGGCCCCUCUAGCCCGUCCAGAAUCCGGCUUCGACGAUGAUUAUGUAUACGACUUUUAUCAUACAGAAGACUACGUUCCUCGAGGUGAAGUGAGUAUGGUUAAUGUCAGACUGCCAACUGACGAAGAACUUCAACUCUACUUUGGUCACGAAGAUGAUGGAGAAAGUGAAGAUGCGGAUGACGAUUCAAAUGCCGAAAAUCAUUUUGCCAAUGAUUAUCCGGAUGAAGACGAGCUCGAUCGAUCAUUGGAGAACGAUGAUACUUCAUCUGAGGACAGUUAUGGUAAGAUUUCGAUGUGUUUCUGAUAUUUUUAGGGUGUAACAAGGUGUUGAAUGAUGAGAAACUGCUAAAUAUGGCUUUGAAAAAUUUUUUUCUUGUUUGAAUUGAUCAAAAUAUGUAUUUUUAGGUUUAAAUUGAUUUAAAAACAGCAUUUUUUGAUAAAUUUUAGGCUAAAACUGAUGUUAAUGUGAAGAAAAACAAUUUUCAAAGGCAUUUUUAGGAUCAAAAACUUACGUUAUAGGCUUAUUCUAGUAUUUAAACAUGAAGAUUAACGUUUUUAAAACACAAAGAAUAUUGUGACAGCUUGAUUUUUAAUCAAAAAUCAUUGUUACACUUCUUUUUUCCAAGAAAACCUAUCGUUUUUGACGAAAAACCCCUCCAGGCUCGCAAAAAUGGCGCUUUUUACACUGAAUUUUUGUUGUUUUUCGACGAACGAAGCCUUUGGCUUUAUUUACAGACGGUUUUUCCUUGCCUUAUUUACUACUUUUCGAAAGGGGAAUUAUAUUUAGGCUUUUUACAACGGUUUUUAGGCGUAGGUUUUAGGUUUUACAAGGUUUAGGUAACAAAACAGGGAAAAAACUUUUACCACGCCCAAAUUUUUUUUGCCAUGCCUUUAAAAAUACUUUUUCUUAUCUUAUCUUAUACAUUUUUUCUAAAGCUAAAACGUUUUCUCUGUUAAAUUAUCUACUCUCCCCCCCCCUCCCAAAAAAAAUUUUUACCACGCCCUGAAAUUUUAGACCAUUACGGGGACGAGCGGGACUACGACGAUUGCUAUAACGAAGAAAGAUUGUCAUCUGACGAAGACGGAUCGAUCGCUAGCGGAAUGGCCUAUUAA